UUGGCAUUUUGACGCGGAAGAUGCGCUGCUCGCAGCUCGCACUGAUUGUGAUAUUUUCGUGUGCUUUUAUGUGACCGGAGCCACAAUCACGAUGAGGCCCUAUUACCCACAAUGCAGCUCGGCCGCGUGAGCUGCAGAUCGCGCGCGGGAUUAACCGCGACUUAAACUAGCUAGCUAGCGGGCCGCCAGGUGAAUGCGCCUGCCGCUGGGCUGCGGGCCGUCCCAUGGACCGCCUCCAUGGAUGUCUCCCCCAAAGCGGCUUCGGCGGAGCACACGUCGAGCCCCGGCUCGGGCGUCCCCCCCUCCUCUUAUGAAGCCGAUAUUUUCCGCUGGCCAACGCCGGAGGAGGAUGGAGAGAACGCCGCCGAGCCGCCGGAUGUGGCACCUGCCGGCCGCUGGACGGCCGUGUUCGACUACGAGGCGACGGCGGACGACGAGCUGAGUCUCCGCAGGGGGGACCUUGUGGAGGUGCUGUCCAAGGAUUCCUUGGUGUCUGGGGACGAGGGAUGGUGGACCGGCGUGGUGGCCGACCGUGUGGGCAUUUUCCCCUGCAACUAUGUCAGCAGGGGCGUGCCGGAGGAGAGGCGGGCCGCCUCGUCGCAGGAAGUGCCCCCCUUUCACCUCCUGGAGAUUGACUUCUCUGAGCUGGCCAUAGAGGAGAUCAUCGGCGUGGGCGGAUUCGGCAAGGUCUAUCGAGCUGUGUGGCGCGGCGCAGAGGUCGCGGUGAAGGCGGCGCGGCGGGACCCCGACGAAGACCCGGUGCAGACUCUGGCCAGCGUGCGGCAGGAGGCCAAGCUCUUCGCCAUGCUGGAGCACCCCAACGUGAUGGCACUUCUGGGCGCCUGCCUCCGACAGCCCAACUUGUGCCUGGUGAUGGAGUACGCCCGCGGCGGCGCCCUCAACCGGGUGCUGGCGGGCAAACGCGUGCCGCCCUGCGCCUUGGUGGACUGGGCGGUGCAGGUCGCCCGGGGAAUGCGCUACCUUCACGACCAAGCCAUCGUCACGAUCAUUCACCGAGACCUCAAGUCCAGCAAUGUCCUCAUCCUGGAGAGGCUCGUGGGGGAUGACCUGAGCAACAAGACGCUGAAGAUUACAGACUUUGGGCUGGCACGCGAGUGGCAGUGCACCACCAAGAUGAGCGCGGCGGGCACCUACGCCUGGAUGGCGCCCGAGGUCAUCCGCUCGUCCACCUUCUCCAAGGGUAGCGACGUUUGGAGUUACGGCGUGCUGCUGUGGGAGUUGCUGACGGGCGAAGUGCCGUUCCGGGGCAUCGACAGUCUGGCGGUGGCCUACGGCGUGGCCAUGAACAAGCUGGCCUUGCCGAUCCCCUCCACAUGUCCCGAACCGUUUGCCCGCCUCAUGGAGGGUUGCUGGAGCUCGGACCCUCACUCCCGGCCGCCCUUCGCCAACAUUCUAGAUCACCUGACCGCCAUCGAGGAGUCCGGGUUUUUCGAGAUGCCGGCAGAGUCGUUUUGCUCCUUGCAGGACGACUGGAAGCUGGAGAUACAAGAGAUGUUUGACCAGCUGCGGGCCAAAGAGAAGGAACUGCGGUCGUGGGAGGAGGAGCUAACGCAGGCGGCGCUGCAGCAGAAGUGCCAGGAGGAGGCGCUGCGGCGGCGCGAGCAGGAGCUGGCCGAGCGGGAGAUCCACAUCCUGGAGCGCGAGCUCAACAUCAUCAUCCACCAACUGUACCGCGACAAGCCGCAUGUAGAACGCCGCCAGGGAAAGUUCCGGCGCAACCGCCUUAAAGUCAAGGAUGGCAACCGGAUUAGCUUGCCGCUAGAUUUCCAGCACAAGAUCACCGUGCAGGCAUCACCGUCACAUGACCGCCGCAGAAGUUUGCUCAGCAGUGGCUCCAGCCCCCCCACCAGCCCGCCGCUGCUCCCUCGCCUCCGAGCCAUCCAGCUCACGCCGCGUGAGGGCCGCUGCGGCGGCUGGGCUUGCAAUGCAGGCGAAGAGGAGUUAGAGAGGAGAGGGUCAAGGAAGAAGGGCAGGACGCGAGUGCACCGCGAGCACAGCGCUGAUCCCAGCGUGAGGCCCGCCGCCGAGGGCAGCCGCCAGCGCUCCUGCAGCGCCCCCAACCUGCGCCGCUCCCCCAGACACAGCCCCGCCGUGCCAGGCGUGCCCUGCCUCCUGGAGAUUGAAAACGAAGACAGCUGCUUUGUGAGCGGCUCAGAAGCUGGCCCAGCUCAGACGUACCUGUGCCUGCACGGCCAAGAAGACGACCAAUCGGUGGCCGGCGCCGAUCCCUUUGCGGACAUUCCGGGAGCCACGCCGAGCCGCAAGAGCCCUGGCGGAGGUCGGCGCACGGAGCUGAUGCUUCUGGGCUGCGGCGCUCUGCUGGCGGCGGCCGGGCUGGGUCACAACUUGCUGACUUUUGCUCGGCCGGAGGAGGGCGGCAAAUCACGCUGGGACGCCUUCUUCCACGCGCACAGACUCUUCCGCCGGGACAGCCCGCUGAGGAUCCCGCCGUCCCCGGACCGCGACUCGUCCACGCGCUCGCUGCUGCGCUCCGACAGUGACGAGCUGCCGGCGGCGGUCCCGCCUGCGCGUCGCCACGGCAACGCGCUGGUCAACACCCACCUGGAGAGUUUCAAGCGCAACCCACGGCAGUCGCUCACGCCCACGCAUGUGCCCUGCGCGCCGAGCGGCGGCACACGCACCGUGGGUCUGCGACGCACGCCGUCCGACGGCGCCAUCCGGAAGAGCUGCCUGCAGAACAACCUCCAACCUUUGCCGGAGCAAGCCAUCUUGGAGAACACAGGGAGCGCCUUUCGGGGUUUCACCGACAACUUCUCACCCGUCCCCCGCCUCCCGGACCCCAAUGUGGUGUUCCCCCCCACCCCUCGGCGCCGCUGCACCCCCGAGCGCCCCAAAACUUUGGACAUCCUAGCGCGGCCCCGCCCCUCGGCGAGGCCCCGUUGCGACGCCUUCCGCCCGGAACCCCGAGGGCGCGGCAACUCCCCAGCGGCGCACACCUCCAGCGCGGAGACGCCGCCUACGGUGGAGGAGGCGCCCACGCCUUACUCACCCUACAGGGGGCGCAACUUGCUGGACACGCCGGACAAGCGGCAGUGCCGCGACAGCACCGUGCCUCUGCGCAGCAAAGACUCAGCGGGAUGCUUUGAGUAACAUUUUCCCAAUCGUUCCCCACAUCACGAUAAGCACCCCCC